GGUAAAAAUAGCAUGUCACACACACACAGAGUGAGGUCACAGCCGUGUGUGUUUCAGAAAACAAGCUGGUGAACGUGAACAGCCUGCAGGAUGCAAACAGCAGUAGACAUGGGUCUGGAGAGAAAGGUGGACAUCCCAAUCUACGAUCUGUCUCUGAUCAGGGGACUCUGGGAGGUGAGAGUGAAGAAAUACAGGCAGAGACAGAAGAAGGAGCAGCAGAGGAUCGAGAAGAGUGCCCUCGCCAGGAUCGACCAGGAGUGGCAGUACCGCAUCUACUGCAAGACACUGAAGGCUGAUGAGCGGAACCUGCUGCACCAUUACCUGGAAAGAUCUAGACUGAUACACACUACACAGCCGCACACAGAUGCAGACCAACAGCAGGAUGAGAAAGCCCAGGGUCUUGGUCCCCUCCCUGACCGAAGCCCUUCUGACCUGGAUCAGAAGGAUUCAGAUGAGAGCAGGCUGAUCUUCCAGCUGGAUGGAGAUCGUUGGCUGGACUUCCCCAGGGAGCUGCAGUGGAUGACCUAUCUGAAGGAGUGGCAUGUCAGCGGGACACGGAUCUGUCGGCUGCCGGACUACCUGGCUCGGUUCACCCAGCUCACUGUGCUGGAGAUCCCCAAAAACACCAUCGCUGAGCUGCCACCUGCGAUUGGUAAACUGACAGAGCUGAGGGAGUUGAACGUCAGCUACAACCGCCUGUCCCAAGUUCCCCCAGAGCUUGGAAAGUGUGAGAAGCUGGAGAGGCUCGAACUCGCAGGGAACUACAACCUGUCCCAAUUGCCCUUUGAGCUAAGUGGCCUGAAGCGCCUGGUCCACCUGGACAUUGCGGAGAACAGGUUUGUGUCGAUCCCCAUCUGCGCCCUGAGGAUGAGCAGCCUGCAGCUGUUAGACCUGAGCAACAACAGUCUGAGCGACCUGCCGCAGGACAUGGACAGGCUGGAGCAGCUGGUCACCCUGUUCGUCCACAAGAACAACCUGUCCUACCUCCCUCAGUGUCUCACCAACAUCUCCACGCUUAAGAUGGUCAUCGUCAGCGGUGAUGAUCUCUACUGCAUCCCAACCAAACUGUGCAGCAACCCGGAAAUCAAGUUCAUUCGACUGUACGACAACCAAGCCAGCGCAGAGAAGAAGAAGAAAGAGGAGGAGAAGAAAAAAAACAAGAGGAGGAAAUGGAGAGAGUGGAGAGAGGAGGAGGUGAAGAAGGACAGCCGAGAGAAGGAGUUCAUCGAGGCGUACCUCAGCACGCUGAAGGACAGAGACACCGUCCCCUUCUCCACCACCAAGGUCUCCAUCUCCUGCCUGCUGUGAGGAAGAGGAUGAUGAAGGUUGAGCUGACAGCGCUCCUUAGAGCAGUACUAGAAAAAGAAAUGAACAGCAGAAGGGGGGGGGUCUCUGUGACAAAAUUGUGUAAAUAAAUAUUAAUAUGGAAGCUCAUUUCUGUCAGGAAAGAAAACGUUUAAAGUUUUAUAAACAAAUUCUCAUUGUCAGAGAAAUUUAAAUGUUUACUUCAUUAUGUCAAAAUGUAAGAAUCAGAGAAACAGACUUUCAGUACACGACUGUGGAAUAGAGAGUCAAUAAUAAUAACAAUAAUAAUCAGAAGAAUCAUAAAGAUAAAGAACAUUCAGAUGUCACAUAGUAAAAAUUACAUAUAGAUCUUAACCUGAUAAAUCAUCACGUCAGACCUUUGGAUUUGAUUUAAAGGUUAAACUUGAAUUGGUUCCGUAGUUUCCUGGUGUGAACCAGCUCCCCAGAGUUUAGAUCCGGUUAAAAUAGACGUUUUGCUUUUGAGAAUGUGUUUAAUUAAAGCAGGUAACUGAUUUCAUAGGUCAUGAUGCUGCGUCAGGCUCCAAAAUGAUUAUUAAAAUAAGUUUUUCCAAAAGUGUUUCAUUCCAAAAAUCUAAUUUCCAGCAUUUAAACACACCAACCUCCAUAUGGUACCAAAAGUCGUACACACCCCCAAGCUCUGGAAUACCCUGCCUCCUGAGCUUCGCUGUAUAACCGGGUUAAUGGGUUUUAAGUCUAAAUUAAAGCACACUUAUUCAGACUGGCUUUUGGCACUUAACUUAUAGCAGUGGAGCUAUAGAGGUGCCUACAGGCUGUCUGGUUUUAUAUUCCGUUUGUACUUUGACACAUUUUUAUUGUACAGGAGUUUUAUAGUUACUUACAGACCGUGGUUUUAAAUUUGUGUAAUUUUAACUUUUCCUUUUUGUUAGUGUCGUAACAUGUUCUUUUAUUUUUUUUGUUGUAAAGCGCUAUAUAAAUAAAUUAAAUUCAUUAUAAACCCCAGUGUUCACAAACAGUCCUUUGUUACUGAACUGAUUGUUUUAUAGACUUGUUUGCCAGUUUUUACACUUCCUGUUAAAGUUGAUAAACUUGCUAACAAACCUCAAUUUAAGAUAAAUACAUUUAUUUGUAAAAAUCUAAUUAUGGAUUCUGAUUUAUUUCUGCUCCAGUAUGUGUAAGUACAAAUUACUAUUAUUAUACAGAUCAGUUUCUUCACAACUAAAAAGUUAAUUUUUGUAUUUCUACUUGUUUAAAGGUUUGUGUGAUGUGCGGGUGUCAGUUUUUAUUUAUGUUAAUAAACCUUUGUGAAAAUACAGCAGCUUCUUUUCUUCACACUGCCUGGUUAUAUUUAAUAAUCAACUUAUCAAUAACCACAAAAAUCAUUGAAUAUAUACGCGUCAAAAACGACAUUCAAGUUUCAAAUGUAUUACAGAUUUUAUUCUAAAUGAUCUUCAGAUAAAACACGUGGACGUGAUUCAGCGUCUUAUCAGACCAACGUGGACGUGAACAGAGGCACACGGUCGGAGACUAAAGUGCGGUGAGCACUCGGCCUCGUGCACAGGUAGGAGGACUGCCUGUGCAUCUCCUAGUUCAGCCAAAAUGAAGGACUCUUCAGUAAAUACAGGUGCCAGUGUACGAAAAGUGUCAGGAACCUUCGGUAACCUCUCUUCUCAAUCAGUGCAGACGUUUCUCUUGCUCCUCAACACCGCAUCUCCACCACUUAACGCUGAAAUCUAAAGAAAGCUUGGCUUCGAACUUUGAUACUCCAGCAGAUACGAUGUCUAAUUGUCAAGAAAGCAAGUCUGUGAAGCUGAGAGAAAGUUUAAAGCUGCAGGGUUUGUAAACCGUGUGACAGAUAGGUGAGAGGUCACACUUCAGUUUUAUACCUUUAAUGCAGAUUAUUACUAAUUGCCAGAGACCUAACAUCAUAACAAAAAAAAUUAUCUAUAAAACACUUUUAAAGGCACCUAGAAAGACACUUUAAUGGACAUGGACUUUUUAAGCUGAACAUUUGCACUAGUUACUUUAAUUUACACUUGAAUUAAAUACAUUAAAAUAUGUGAUUUAAUUUAAUAACCAUAUUAAAUGUGAAUUCCACUAAAGUCAGAUGCUGCUCGUCUAAACUAUGCUGGGUUUUCAGCCCCCUGUCCAUUCAGGCUCCAUGCACAGUGACACCGUUCUCAGCCUGUGGAGCUGUGUGGUGGAAACAGAUGGGAGGAAACCUGGCCGCUAGUGCAGUGGAGUGGUUUGCUGGGGGACUAAUAGGUGGUGGUCUACAGCACAGAGCGAAGAGCUGAGAUGAACUGGACAGGGACCAAGAAAAACCGACCCCCUGAUUAACUAACAAGAUCAUCAGGAAGGUCUGAGAAAAACUUUCAAAUGGGAUGUGAAUGCAGCAGCAGCGUCAAGACCAGAGAGGUAGAGAGCUGAACUGAAGGAGGGACAAGGACACUAAUCACUGUGCUGGACUCGGGGACGUUCAGUAGGAAGGUAUACUGCAGACCCAUGUCAGCAGUCAGGGAGACAAAGAUUAAAGUCACUCUGAAGACUGUGGUCAGAAGACAGUGUACGAAGCUGACACACAGCUCAAGAUUCAGAAAUACAGAACUUCUGAGAUGCUGUGGAGGCCCCCCUCCCCACCCCCCUGUGUUAAAGGACAUAUCUGCUGUGGCUGUAACAUGAUUGUGCUUCAUGAAGCUACACACUAUCAUCUUCCUCAUCAUCAGGACAUUCAGGUGUCUGCGGCGGUGCAGACAUUCAUGCUGGAGGAAACCAGACUGUUUGCUACACACAGGGCUAGAUUCCAGUUCCACUAACUGCAUCACAUUUCGCUCAGCUGUCUUUUCCUUCUGCUUUAGUCCUGCCCAUGUAGGAUGCAAGGAAAAGAUGCCAGGAGAAAGGAACGAGGAAACGCCUUUCCCUCUGAUACUUCAUGUGACUCUUCCAAUCACAAACUGAUUCCAGAUAAAGGGGUGUGUCAGUCCAUAACAUUUCUGUGAUUACAGUUUCUCCAGGCAGCCUUCUCGCCCCUCGGAGAGGACAUAGGAGCUCUGGGACAUCUCUCCUCACAGCAGACCAAACUGAGGAACUGGGAUUCACCUUAACUGACAUCACCCAACAUGGAGACCAUCACAUUUAUGGUUCCUUCCUUUCAUUGCCGAGAUGUAAACAGCCACCAGGAGGCAGCCUGGAGCCAACGUCUCCUAUCAGAAGCUCAUAUUUCCCAAAUAUUAGAUGUGGUUUGAAUGCAGCGUGUGUUUACAUUUACAAUAACGUGGACAUGUGAAGAUAAAUCAAGUCCUGUGGUGGCGUGGCCUUAAAGUAACAGACAGAAUAUCAAUAAUAUAUUUAAUUGAACAUGGAAUUUUUAAAGCUAUUCAACAGCAACACAGAGAUAGUUCUCCAGACUCAGGUGAUGCUUUCAGACACUAAGGUGGGAAAAUGAUGCAGGUUUUAGCUGAGCAGCAACACAUCCCAUAUACCAUCCAUCCCCGCUGGAUUGCUCUGUUGGAAUGUGGUGGCUUGACAUAUGGUUAAAAAAGGCUAAAGUAACGGAAACAAACAAAGCCCUGUGGCACGAUUUGGUUCGCAACAACAUGCCGAUUCUGAAAGUCGGACUGAUGUCUGUAGUUAUGGUUUAAACUCAAACUAAAGACGACAAGAACGGAGUGUCCGCUACCCAUCUGGUCAGACCACUGGGCCUGGACUGGAAAUACUUGUUCAAACAACAUCAGUAACUUGGAGCACUUGAUUUGGCCAGCCUGCUGUGGCAGGCAGGUGGAGCACCUUCAGAUCAAACAGCCUGAAAAUAACAGACAGGCUCAAUACACUAAGUAUUUAAACACAAGAAGAAGAAAUGAGGAAACACUGGUGUGUCAGAUACUGAGAACAAUGUGGUGAGGAAAAAUAAAAACUUAAAAGGCUGGGAGGCGUCAUGGAGGGAAAAAAUAAUUCAUGCUCAAGUGAAUAAAUGGUGCUCUCGACUGACCUGAUUUAGUAAUUACCUAGCCCUUAUUACAAAAUGAAGUUAUCUACUUACUAAACUAUGAUCUCAAAUAACAGCCCAAAGCACUAAAUCAGUCAGAUUUACUGAAAGUAGAGUCUGAGUAUAUAAACUGAGAAUCUGAAUUACCAGUUAUAGAGCUCUUACAUGGAGUUAACAGAGCAGGAACCAUCACGUCCUGAGCACCAGCUACCAAAUCUGAAACCUGAAUUAGUUGUUUUCCGUCCACGACACCACGUGGCCUCCAUACAAAGCACUUUAAAAUAUUUCAUUUCUUAAAUAUAUCGUUAUUUGUGACCAGAUGCUGCUGAAACACCCAGCAGGAAGUCAUAGCUUGCACGUGCUUGGUGUGAGUCAGUUGCCAUAGUAACAGUCAUCCAUGAGUCCUGUUGUCUGCAAUUUAGGGAGCCCAGCUCUGUAAACGACAUGUAAACCACAGUGGCAAGCAAAAACAAGCACACCUGGACCUAGAGUGCACACUGCCUCCUCUAGGUGAUGACUCACCUCCAUGACUGGCAUAUCCCACAAUCCCCAGCACCUCACAGUCCUCUCCACGUGUCUCUGCCCAGGUGAAAAUCUUGAGUUUUCAAACAAACAGUCUGUGAUUUGGGACACUUGGUCCCAGCUGUGCAGUGAAUUCAAUGCACCUCCACCUCACCACUCCGCCUGUAGAGAGAGGAGUGUCUGUUCUCUUGAACCUUGCAGGCCUGACGGGUGGAGUCAGGUGCAGCAGACAGAGCAGGCAAACCUGCUGCAGAGGGUUUAGGCAGCAACCACACUGACUGAAACAAAACCACUUCUGACGGUUUUGCUUGACAAAUGAAGGAUUAAUUGAUGACCACAAUACUGUUCAGCCCUCAGUCUUACAUCGUCACCAGUGAAAACAGAGGAAACCCAGUGAACGUUUGCUGUCAGAGUGCUAACAAGAGAACGACAGCUCAACCGACAAGUCAAGUUCCAUCUAACCCAAAACCGGCCUUAAGGUGGGAAAAUACAAACAAGCAAGUAAUUUCCAAAUAGUAAGUCUUCUCAGUUAGUGAUAAGAAAUGUGACCCCACAUGGACAGAAAAGUGAGAAGCUCUGGUUAUUUAAUGGUUUGAACGCUUUAGGUUCAUCUGCUUUCUCUUGUUUCCAACUUGGUGACUAAGCCACUAGGCUCUAAACACUCACCUGGGUUGGCAGCUAAAAUGGUUUUAUGUGCAUGAGGCAGAUCCUAAUCAACAUGGGAACAGGGGUGUUACAUUACUGAUAUAAAUGUUGUUGCACAAAACUUGGUUACUCUGUUUUUUUUCCUAACGCUGGUGCAUGAAAAACCAACAGACACAAAAACAAUGACAGGAAAAAGCUGCAAUUUAAAAACAGAGCCACGGCGCCUGCAAGAAGCCGUUUUACUUUCUAGGUCUGAAAGCUGAUUUUCACUGAAUAAAAACCAGAUUUGAUUUAAAAUCUUUCAUUUUAAAAGGCAGUUUGAAGCUAGGUCUACAUUUUAAACCAAUUUAAAUCUGUAAGAGCAAAACAGUUAAAUUGUGCAAACGUACGGCAGCUGGGUAGACCUCACCUGUCAUGUAAAGAACAGUCAGUGUGUUUGCCGCCUAACAUCACCCGACUCUUUAUCUGAACAGUCUGGACCUGAAAACACUUUAA